AUCAACAGUGCGCGCGCUUCGAGACGGGCAGCAUCACCGGGGAUUACGUGAGGGUCGACUCUUGCUCUUUCUUCACUUGCUCCGGUUGUGAGUGAAAGGGGAAAACAAACAGGUUGAAGGCUUAGGCGGAUGUGGAGCUCAUGUGAGAAAUAGAAAAUUCAAAAGAACCAAGACUUCACAAAGGGGGCCACAUAUUGUUCCACGGCGCUGAAUUAUCAAGUGUCCUCGCCAACUCAACCAACGGAGGUUAAAAAAAGUUGCCAUGGAAACUGUUCUGCUCUUCCUCUUUUCGUUCCUGGUCUCUGUUGCUGGCGCUGAAGCUCUGUCUGACCCCAGUGUUCAGGAUGGCAAGGAGAAAAAAAUGGAUCCAUUUGAUUAUGACUAUGAGAGCCUGAGGAUUGGCGGUCUGGCGUUUGCUGUGGUGCUCUUUCUCUUGGGGGUUCUUCUUAUUCUGAGUCGGAGGUGUAACUGCAGCAUCAACCAGAAGACCAGGGCACCUGGAGAUGAGGAGGCACAGGCUGAGAACCUCAUCACUUCCAAAGCCAAAGAGGCUCCGAAAGCUGAAAACUGAAGCUCUGCGGUCCCGUUGUCUGCCGGACCUGCUAGCCACAGAAUCACCGAAGACGAUGACAACGCCUCUGAAAAUUGAACAUAGUCCUUCACAGAAGAACAAGAAUGGGUGUAACU